GUAUACAAGUUAUAUACAAGUAAACCAUUGAACUCCAUACUAUACACGUACAGUCAGCGAGACAUCUCCACAUCACACCAGAUCACUCCCACACCACACCACACCACACCACACCACGAUGUCCACCCCAGCGCAAGCCCUCCGCGAAAAACAAGCCCCAAUCAAAGACAGCUACCGCAAAGACCCAUCUUCCGCUGUCGUAACCCUCAAAUCCGAAGGCUCGCUCGACUCCUCCUCAAUCACAUGUAAACUCUCCACCGGCGCAGCCGCCAAAGAAGCGUCGCGCGUCGCAGGCCUGCACCCCAAAGCCGGCGGCGACGACCCCUCGAUCUCCGGCGAACUGUGCUCCGGCGACAUGCUGCUCGACGCGCUCGUCGCGUGCUCGGGCGUAACGCUCAAGGCCGUCGCGACGGCGCUCGGCAUACCAAUUGCGUCGGGCACGGUGCGGGCGGAGGGGGAUUUGGACUUCAAGGGCACGAUGGGGGUGGAUCGGGCGGCGCCCGUGGGGAUGACGGAUAUUCGGCUGGAGUUUCAGGUCACGUUUGGGGAGGGCAGGGAGGUUAGCGAGGAGGAGGUGGAGAUGCUGGGGAAGUUGACGGAGAGGUAUUGUGUUGUGUUGCAGACGCUGGUGAAUAAGCCGAGGGUUGCGGUGAGGUUGGCGGGAAAGGAUGGGAAGGAGGAGGAGGGUAUUGUUAGGGAAGUCUUGCAUGGGAGUAUCCUUUGAGCGUUGUCAAUUUAAUUAUCUUGUUUAUCUGACAAUUC